UGUUGUUGCCGCCGCCACGGCCGCCGGACGGGCACGGGCACGGGAGCGGCGCCGCUCCGGAUCCCCCCCCAAAUCCCCGCCCCCCCAAAUCCCCGCCACGGCCGGACCGGGGGAGGGGCGCGGCGUGACGUCAGCACGGUGACGUAACAGCUGCCCCCCGUUUCCCCGGCUGGGGGGGGGGCGGCGGCGGCGAAUCCCGGUCCGAGACCUUCCCCACCCCCCAACAUGGCGGCGGCGACGGCGGGGGGCGGGGCCUCGCCGGGGAGCGGGGCCUCGCUGGAGGAGGAGUGCGAGGUUGUGCGCGUGCGCGUCAAGAAGAGCGAGGGGCAGCAGCCGCCCGAGUUCCGUUCCUUCGCCGUGGACCCCCAGAUCACCUCUCUGGACGUUCUGCAGCACAUCCUGGCCCGGGCCUUCGACCUGCAGGGGAAGAAAAGCUUCGCCCUGAGCUUCGCGGCGCGGGACGGGCAGGGCCAGGACACCUUCGUGCCUCUGCUGAGCGAUGGCGACCUGGCCAACGCCUUCACCUGCGCCAGGCCCACCCUGAGGCUGCGGCUGGAUGUCAGGAACCCACCUGAGAGCCCGCUGCUGGAGGAUUGGGACAUCAUCAGCCCCCGGGAGGUGGCGGCGGCCGAGCCGGUCCCCGAGCGCCGCUCGCUGCUGGCGGCGGCUCUGCCCUUCGUGGUCUGGCGUUACCUGCUGAACGUGUUCCCCUCGGGUCUCACCGGCCAGGAGCACUUGUCCCACCUGGGGUCUCAUUUUUUUCCCAUUUUCCAGGUGGUCUGGCGUUACCUGCUGAACGUGUUCCCCUCGGGUCUCACGGGCCAGGAGCGCCUGUCCCACCUGCGCCUCAAAGCAGCCGAGUACCUGUCCCUGAAGGCCGCCCUGGCCGCCCGCGCCGCUCCGGCCGAGCUGUCCCAAGUGGCCGCCGCCGUCCGCAAGGACGUCGUCCGCACCGACCGCGCCCACCCGUAUUUCGGCGGCCCCGAGGAAGGUCACCCUCACCUGGCCGCCCUCCAGGCCCUGCUGACCACCUUCGCCUUGGGCCACCCUCACCUGUCCUACUGCCAGGGCAUGUCGGACGUGGCGGCCCCGCUGCUGGCCGUGCUGGACGAUGAAGCUCAGGCUUAUUUGUGUUUUUGCUCGCUGAUGCGCCGUUUGGCCCCGCGGUUCCGUCCCGGUGGACGCGGUCUGGCCCGGGCGUUCUGUCACCUCCGGCGCCUCCUCCGUCGCGCCGACCCCGUUUUUUGGUCGUUUUUGGCUUCUCGGGGAGCUCACGAUUUGUUGUUUUGUUACCGCUGGUUGCUGCUGGAGCUCAAGCGCGAGUUCGCCUUCGAGGACGCGUUGAGGUUGUUGGAGAUCACCUGGAGCUCGCUGCCACCGGCUCCGCCGCCGCCUCCGGCCGGGGUCCCGCUGCUCGGGCCACCCUUGGGUGCUCGCCGGGCCGGGCGGGGGCUCAGGGAGCGCCGGGGGCUGCGGCCGCGGCCACCCCGGAGGAGGAGGAGGAGGAGGAGGAAGGACGGAGAUGAGGAUGGAGAAGGCGACGCUCCCCAAGGUUCUGCUGGUGGCCUUGGAGGUCUCAACGAUGUCCCAGAGGGUCCCAAAGGUGCCCAGGGGGUCCAGGAGGGUCCUGAGAGCGCUGGAGAUGUCCCCGAUGGUCCCCAAAGCACUGGUGGUGGCUUUGGGGGUCUCAAGGGUUCCGGGGAUGUUCAAGAGAGUCCCAGGAGCUUUGGGGACGUCCCUGAGGGUCCCGGGGACAUCCAGGAGGGUCCCAAGAGCUCCAGAAAUGUUCCUGAAAGUCCCAAGAGCUCCAGUGACAUCCCAGAAGGUCACAAGGACAUCCAGGAGGAUCUUGAGAGCUCCAGAAAUGUCCCCGAGGGUCUCAAGAGCUCCAGUGACAUUCCAGAAGGUUCCAAGGACAUCCAGGAAGGUCCCAAGAGCUUUAAGAAUCUUCAGGAAGGUGCUGAGAGCUCCAAAAAUGUCCCCAAAUGUCCCAGGAGCUCUGGUGACAUCCCAGAAGGUCCCAAGGACAUCCAGGAAGGUCCCAAGAGCUCCAGCGGUGUCCCCAAAGGUCCCAAAAGCUCCAGGAACGUCCCCAAAGGUCCCAAAAGCUCCAGGAACACCCAAGGGAGACCCCCGAGGGCCGGGGAAGCCCCCGAGGGCCCCCAGGACUCGGGCCCAGGUGGCCCCAGGAAGGUGGAGGAGGGCACCGACGCCCUGGAGAUGGAGCAGAGAGCCCACGGUCCCGGCUGGGGGGACAGAGAGGGAUCCUCCUCCUCCUGCUCCUCCUGCUCCUCCUCCUCCUCCUCCUCGGACGAAGAGCUGACCGUGGAGGAUGAUGGAGCUCCUCUUCCACCGCCUGAGGAGCUGGGCCAGGGCAACCCCUUCCUGCUGUUCGUGUGCCUGGCCAUGCUGCUGGAGCAGCGCGAGGCCGUGAUGGCGCGGGCCGGCGACUACAACGAGGUGGCCAUGCACUUCGACCGCCUGGUGCGGCGCCACCAGCUGGGCCGCGUGCUGCGCCGCGCCAAGGGGCUCUUCGCCAGGUACCUGGAGGGGUGGGGUGGGGCAGUGCCAGGGGGACCCCAAAAUGGAGCCUCAUUGGGAUAGGGGACCCCAAAAUGGAUCCUCAUCGGGGUAGGGGGGACCCUAAAAUGGAUCCUCGUUGGGAUAGGGGACCCCAAAAUGGAUCCUCAUCGGGGUAGGGGGGACCCUAAAAUGGAUCCUCGUCGGGGUAAGGGACACCGAAAUGGGGUAGGGGACCCCAAAAUGGGGUAGGGGACCCCAAAAUGGACCCUCAUCGGGGUAGGGGACACGGGGAAAGGGUGGUGGGGGCUCCUUGGGGACACCAUGGUCAAUGGAGGGUUCUGGAGACUCCAUAAAACAUCUCCAGGAGGACCUGGGGUCACCAUUGGGGUCUCUUGGCAAUGUGGGAACCUUGUGGGACAAUGUGGAGACCCCAUAAAACAUCUCCAAGGACCCCAAAAGCAUCAUGGGGAACCUUUGGGAACUUCAGGAACCUUGUAGGACCAUGUGGAGACCCCAUAAAACAUCUCCAAGGACCCCAAAAGCAUCAUGGGGAACCUUUAUGCACUGUGGGAACCUUAUAGGAUGAUGUGGUGGCCCCAUAAAACAUCUCCAGGAGGACCUGGGGUCACCUUGGAGAUCCCAAAGUCACUGUGGGGGUUUGUAGGAUACUGGAGACCCCAUGAAACAUCUCCGAGGACCCCAAAGCCAUCAUGGGGAUCCUUUGGGCACUGUGGGAACCUUGUAGGACAAUGUGGAGACCCCAUAAAACAUCUCCAAGAGGACCUGGCGUCGCGUUCAAGACCCCCAAAGUCACUGUGGGGGUUUGUAGGGUACUGGAGACCCCAUAAAACAUCUCCAAGUGGUCAUGGGGUCACCAUUGGGGUGUCUGGGCACUUUGGGAACUUUGUAGGACAGUGUGGAGACCCCAUAAAACAUCUCCAAGAGGUCAUGGGGUCACCACUGGGAUCUCUUGGCAAUGUAGGAACCUUGUGGGACAAUGCAGGGACACCAUAAAACAUCUCCAGGAGGACCUGAGGUCACCAUUGGCAUCUCCUGGCACUUUGGGAACUUUGUAGGACAAUGUGGAGACCCCGUAAAACAUCUCCAAGGACCCUAAAGCCAUCAUGGGGAUCCUUUGGGCACACUGAGAACCUUGUAGGACAAUGUGGGGACACCAUAAAAGGUCCCUUUGAUGUCACCAUGGGGGCUCCAAGGCCACCCCCUGCCCCACACCCCAAGGGGCUCUUUGCCAGGUACCUGGAGGGGUGGGGUGGGGCCAUGCCAGGGGGACCCCAAAAUGGAUCCUCAUCGGGGUAAGGGGGACCCUAAAAUGGGGUAGGGGACCCCAAAAUGGGGUAGGGGACCCCAAAAUGGACCCUCGUCGGGGUAAGGGGGACCCUAAAAUGGGGUAGGGGACCCCAAAAUGGACCCUCAUUGGGGUAGGGGACCCCCUGCCCCACUCCCCAAGGGGCUCUUUGCCAGGUACCUGGAGGGGUGGGGUGGGACAGUGCCAGGGGGACCCCAAAAUGGACCCUCGUUGGGGUAAGGGACACUGAAAUGGGGUAGGGGACCCCAAAAUGGACCCUUAUUGGGGUAAGGGGACACCGAAAUGGACCCUC